CUACAAGAUCAAUUUCUAAGCUGUAGCACUACCUCGUAGAUGCCUUUGGCAUUACGAUAAGGACUGUAACCACCGUGGCUGUCACACUAACGGCACUCGCCAGGGCUAGACAGACUCUAAUUCUCCGUGCCGCCCGGGCCGGUCGUGCAAAGAUGCAUCUGCCGGAGAAUCCUUCAUCACGUCGGGUAUAGUACCCAUUGCAGACCUCGUCCUGGAAAAUGAUACCCCGACCUCUAUCUCUCUAUGCACUUCGGUCUCGCGUCACAUUUUCUCUCGCCCGUAAAAAGGCGGAAAGCUUUCUACUCAGAAUCAUGGCCAUAUCAGACGAUAAGCAACAUCUUCAAUACCCCGUCAGCACAGAAUGUCGUCAUCGCACCCCGCUCCCAAAUCCUUCGUGGCAGUUUUCGUAGGGGCAACGAGGGGUAUCGGUCUCUCUACUCUCAAAGUUCUUACCCGGACUUUGCCUAAUCCGCGAAUCUACGUUAUUGGUCGGUCGAAAGCGAGGUUCGCGUCUGAACUUGCUGUUCUAACCGAAUACAACCCCAAUGCUACAAUCCAAUUCGUCGAAACUGAGGUUUCGCUUAUCAAAGCUGUUGAUGAUGCUUGUGAUAGGAUUAUGGGCUUGGAGAACCAUGUGGAUUUGUUGUUUAUGAGUCCAGGAUCAUUGGCGUUUGGUGGACCGCAUUAUACAGAGGAGAAGCUUGAUCUUUGUUUUGCUUUAUCCUUUUACAUCCGCAUGCGUCUUAUCGAACGCUUACUCCCCUUGCUCAUGCGAGCACCCCACCCACGGGUUCUCUCCGUCUUAGCCGGGGGCCAUGAAGGUCCACUAUUCACCAAUGGCGGGGAUAUUGGACUGCGGAUGAAGGGUAACUAUACAGCUCCGAGGGCGGUAAAUCAGGUCACUACAUUGCACAGUCUUGCCUUCAUGUACUUUGCUUCUCAUUACCCAAAGGUGUCUUGGUUGCAUGUCCAUCCUGGUUGGGUGGCGACUACGUUUCUAUCUGAUUUGCUCCAGAGCGCUGGAGUUAUUGGUAGUUUGGCUGGGAAAGUCGUUUUGCCUAUUUAUCGAUGCAUAGCUAUGUCUGAGCAUGAAAGUGGACAGCGACAGGCUGAGUAUGCUUUGAGUGGGAGAUACCCCAGCCGAGACAUGAUUUGUUCUGCUAUGGUGGACGUAUGUAACCAAGCGGCCUGUCAUGGGCCAUGCAGUGGUUUUUAUCGUGUCUUGAGUGAUGGGAGCACAGCUACAGAUAGAAAGGUGUUGGGUCCUCUGGAGGAAGAAGGAUGGCCUCUCAAGAUCUUUGAACAUACUCAGCGGAUAUUCGAUGAGGUAAUGAGUCAGAAGUAGCGAUUUGUCAUUCAAAUCGUUCCAGCUUCUCAUUAAGGGAGCAUCCAGAGCUCAGUGAUCGCCAUUCCUAGGUUAUCAAGUUUUGGG